AUGAUCUUCACGUGCCUACUCACACAAAAAAAAAUCGUGCCAAGAAACAUACCUGCUGAAAUUUUUUCAUCUAUUUGGCAAAUGAUUAAUGCAAGUUCAAUGCCAGCAGAAUUUAAAAAUAGUUCUGCAAACUAAUUUAAAAACCAAUUUUUGAGUUCGGACGUCAUCUGAUUACAUCUCAUUUACAGUCGAGUCGGACAGCUCUCAAGAUCAAACUAUUGACUUCAACUUUUUGUUGUUUGAUAAUUAUGCUGGAUAAGGUAUUUAUGAACGAAGUAUUGAAUUUAUAUCAGGCAGAAAAUUGGAGGGAUUUGCUGAAAUUGAACGAAAAUUCCGACCUGUCGUGUGCUGUUAAGUUGUUGUGGGUGUGGCCAAGCGAAGAGAACUUGAGGUUUAUUAAAAAAAUAGUCGAGGAUUCUGGUUGCAAAGGAAUCACUUCUAUAGGAUGUGGUUGUGGACUUUUGGAAUGGAUUAUUAGCAAAUCCACAGGACUUCACGUUAUCGGCUACGAGAUAAACCGUGAAUGGUGGACUAGCAAAUACUCAAAUCCCCAAUUCAUAAAGCUACAGUACUGCGAGAAAAUACAAGAGGGUAUGUUCAACUCAAACCACGUCUUGCUGUUCUGUUACUUCAACAACAAAGUAGCUUUCCAGGACUACAUUCGAGCGUAUAAAGGAAAUUUGGUGCUCAUAAUCGGUCCCGGAAAUGGCAAAGGACGACAUACGGAUCCAGAACCGUUCGACCCAGAUUUCGGCAGUACAAGGUGGACGUUGAAGGAUUAUAAUGAAGUGAAAGACAGUAAAGAUUUCAUAGCUGUAUAUACAAGAUGUAUAAAAGACAGUAUUAUGUACAAAUAAAUAUUUUUGUUUUGAAAAUUACAAUAAUUUCAAUGUUACAUAUUUACAAAUAUAUUAAAAAAUGUAUCUUUACUCAAUUAUUACUUUCAAAUCUUCUAAUAUUGAAUCUAAUAUUUCAUUUUGAUCUAUCAUCAAGAGAAUGAUAAAUUUUAAUCAGAAUUCAAUAAAAUACACAUCAACUCUACUUUUUUAGGAAUCGUCAGUUACUUCAAUUACUUGUUACUGUAUUUUGUCAAGAAAAUUCCAACACUUCUCAAAUUGCACAUAGAAUAAAUUUUGAAACACAUAUAAAAAUUGCUGCCAAAAAAAAUAUUCAUUGAAUGCAACAGAAAACAUUUUUUCCGCAGAACAUUUCAUAUUUCAUUUAGGAAAAAUAAAUUAAUUGAAGUGAAUCCGAUCUUAUGUUUGAAAAAUAUAUAUUUGUGUGUCUUCCUAUGUUUUCCUUCAUUCACGAAAAUGUUUUUGAUUUACUGAACUCAUUCAGAGCUAUAAAUUUGUUUUAUUGCAAGAAACUUAUACAGAAAGCUCUAUUAUUUCACAUUAUCGUGCAAACUUUGUCAAAAUCUGGAAAUGAAGGAUCCAUUCAAGACGAAAAGUUCUAUAGAUAGUAUGAGAUUGAAAUGAAUUUAUUGAAGACCAUUUUUUCCAGAAAAAUAUAAUAUUUCCUUUGAAAAAAUGCAUUUAGCAUGUUCUGAUCCCAAGUUUUUUUUAUAAUUCAAGGAAAUUUCUUCAAUUUACUGAACUUUUUUAGAAUUAUAUGUUGCUAUAUUGCAACAAACUUAUACUGAAGGUUCCAUUAUUUCAAAUUAUCUCGCGAAUUUUCUCAAAGUCUGGGAAUGAAGGAUCCAUUUAAGAAUAAAUUCAUUAAAGACAGUUUUUUCCAGAAAAAUGUAAUAUUUCCUUCAAAAAAAAUCCAUGUAACAUGUCCUGAUCCCAAGUUUUUUAUAAUUUAAGGAAAUGUCUUUAAUUUGCUGAACUUAUUCAGAGUUAUAAGUUCGCUAUACACUUAUAUCGAAAGUUCUAUUAUUUCUAAUUAUCUUGCGAAUUUCGUCAAAAGUCCACAAAUAAAGGAUUCAUUCAAGAAUGAAUUCAUUGAAGACAGUUUCUUCCAGAAAAAUAUAAUAUUUCCUU